AUGCCAGAAGGAAAACGAAUCGUGUUUACGGGUGGAAGUGGAAAGGCUGGACGAGAUGUGAUUCCUUAUCUUAUUGGGAAGGGUCAUAAGGUUUUGAAUUUGGAUCUUAUCCCAUUCCCAGACCCCUCAGUAGACGUCUACACGCUCAAAACCGAUCUCACAGAUUCCGGCCAGGUGUUCAACGCCUUGACAUCCCACUUCAACAUGGCCGGUUACGAAUCCGGCCCUGUACCCGGUCCUCCAGAUGUAGUCGUUCAUUUCGCUGCCUACGCACGCAACCUCCUCGUCCCCGACUCUGAACUCUUCCAAUCCAACAUCCGCCAAACCUACAACAUAAUCGAAGCCGCCUCCAAGCUCGGCGUCAAAAAGAUAAUAAUCGCCUCCUCCGAGACCACAUACGGCGUAUGUUUCGCCCAAGGCCCCAAGGAUUACCACUCCUUCCCGCUCGAAGAAGACUACGACUGCGAUCCCCAAGACUCCUACGCGCUGAGCAAACUAUGCGGCGAGCGCACCGCGCGAACAUUCUGUGAUCGCUUCCAAGGCGUCGAUAUCUACGCCCUGCGCAUCGGAAACGUAAUCUCGCCCUCCGACUACGCAGACAUGUUCCCCUCCUUCAUCUCCGCCUCGAAUUUCAAAGCCGAUCCCAACGCGCGGAAACGCAACGCGUGGUCGUACAUCGACGCACGGGAUCUCGGGCAGAUCGUGGAUCUGUGUAUCCAGAAGAGCGGAUUGGGGUAUCAGGUGUUCAACGCGACGAACGACGGGAUCACGAUUCCGGAGGGGGAGACGACGACGGAGUUUUUGAAGAGGGUGGCGCCCGAGACGGAGAUCACGAGGGAGUUGGGCGAGAGGGAGGGUCCGUUGAGUAAUCGGAAGAUUAGGGAGGUGUUGGGGUUUAAGGAGGGGUUUGAUUGGAGGAAGGAGCUGGAUUUGGAGAGUUUGAAGGGGAAAUGA